GUGUGUGUGUCUCCGGUACCGUCAGUUUACCGUGAACAGCUGCACGUGCUGAGUGUGUGUGAGACACACUCAGCUCGGAGGACUUCAAACUUUAUUAAAACUUUAUUCAAACUUUAUUCUUCGCGUGUUUUUGACGUCACGCUGCUGCUAGCUGAGCUAAGCUAAGCGAUGCUAAGCUAGCCUGAGUCACUCCAAGAAGAAGAAGAAGAAGAGUGGCGCGUGUUUCAAAGCUCUCAGGUGGGAUCCAGGUGAAGCUCACACAGGUGGACCCGGACCCGGACCCGGAGACACGUCAUGGCGGCUCCGACCCUGCAGCAGCCGAGCUACCUGCUGGCCAAUCUUAAAGCUGAUUCGACCACCAAGACUCUGAUCCAGCGAUGCCAAGACCUGGUGAAGAUCAUCGAUGACUAUCCUGCAAAGGAGCUGCACCUGAUCUUCCCCUGGCUGGUGGAGAGUGUGUUUGGCAGUCUGGACGGCAUCAUCGCCGGCUGGAACCUCAGACUGCUGCACUCGCGGAGCAACGAGUUCAACAUUGUCCUGGAGUUCCUGAACCCGAGCGGGCCGAUGAUGAAGCUCGUGUACAAGCUUCAAGCAGAAGAGUACAAAUAUGAGAUUCCUGUUAAUUAUCUGCCGGGUCCCGUGAAGGCCUGCAUCCAGGAGGGAGUCCUCCCUGACUGUCCUCUGUUCCACAACAAGCUGCAGUUCCCUCUGUCCGGUCUGCUCACCCUGAACCUCGCGCUCAAUCCGUUUGAAUUCUUCAUGUUUAAUUUCGCCUCCUGUCUCAUCACGCCGAAGAUCUACCCUCAAGGUCACCAUGGAAGCUCCACUGACAGCGCCUACUUUGUGCUCGUGGACGCUUAUCUCAAGUAUUUCCUCCCCAGUGAAGGAAAUGUGCCCCCUUCCCCUUUCUCCGACUCCAGAGGCUCCGUCACUGCACCGUCACCGAGGUCCUCCAGUGUUUCUUUUGCCGGUUACGGCGUUCACAGCCCGAGUCUCCUCAAACAUCACAUAUUCCACCAACCCUCGGUCAAUGCCGACCCCUCAGCUCAGGAGAUCUGGAGGUCUGAAACACUCUUACAGAUGUUCGUGGAGAUCUGGCUCCAUCAUUACUCGUUGGAGAUGUACCAGAAGCUUCAGUCUCCUCAGGUGAAGCUGGCGCUGCUUCAGUAUCGCCUCAGUAUGUCCAGCAUGCCGUGCCAACCCUACGCCCCACCAGGCUCUGGGACCCUCCACACCUACCAAGUACUUUUACCUUUUCAUUCACCCCCGCCCCUCUGGGGCCUCCUGGAGGAGCCCUUCAGCCCGACGGAGGAGCACGUGCUGGUGGUGCGUCUCCUUGUGAAACAUCUGCACGCCUUCUCCAACAGCCUGAAGCCCGAGCAGCUGUCCUCCUCCACCUCCUCGCCAUCGGCCCACUCGCACGCACACACGAGCCCGCUGGAGGAGUUCAAGAGGGUGGUGGUGCAGCGCUUCGUGCAGCAGAAGCUCUACCUCUUCCUCCAGCAUUGCUUCGGUCACUGGCCUUUGGACGCCUCGUUCAGAGCGGUGUUGGAGACGUGGCUGAGCUACAUCCAACCGUGGAGAUACACCGGAGAGAAGACCAAUCCACAGCCCGACCAGAACAGAACAGUCCCGGACAAAUGGGAGUCGUUUGUCCAGGAGAACCUGCUCAUGUACACGAAGCUCUUCCAGGUUUUCCUGAACAGAACCGUGAGGACGGACCUGGUUAACGCCAAGAACGCACUGAUGGUGUUCAGGGUGGCCAAAGUGUUCGCUCAGCCGAACCUCGCAGAGAUGAUCCAGAAAGGCGAGCAGCUGUUUCUGGAGCCAGAGCACGUCCUGCACCACCGACAGCCCCGCGGCUACCUCACGCCAGGCCAAGGAGGCAGCUUCCUGUCGUCGCGGCAGCGGGUGGUGACAGAUAUGGUGUUCAGGGUGAAGAGUCACGUGUACGCGUUGGAAGGCCAGGACUGUCAGUACAAACAGAUGUUUGGCACGGAGCUCAGAGGAGCCGUCAUGAAGUUAAUCCAGAUCAUCGCGCAGGCCAGACAGACGGCCAAGAGGAUAUCCGAUCACUCCAACGAGGUGGCGGCCAAUAACUCGUUCCUGUCCUGGUUCGGGAUGGGCUCCUCCGACCCGAACAACACCUUCAACGGCACCGAGCCAGAGGAGAGCGGAGAGUGUUUGAAGAAGACCCACGAAUUCCUGGACAGAGCUCUGGAGAACCUGUGUCAGAUCUUCAAGCUGAAUCAGGGUCAGCUGACUCAGCUCAUAUCCAACCUGGGUUCCUCUCAGGACGAUGGGAACUGCAAGCAGCUGCCCGACUGCAUCCAGGGAGAGAACGGACUCAUUCUGACGGACCUGGGCCGGAGGCAGAUCAUAAGUGGACUGCGCAGGUUCGACAUUCACUAUCAAGGAGACCCGGAGCUCCAGCCAAUCAGGAGCUACGAGAACGCCCUGCUGGUCAGGCUCUUCUACAGGAUCUCGUCUCUGAUUAACGACAGGUUCGAAGGACACAUGAACGCUCUCUGCUCUCGUCCAGACUUCCUGGGUCGCCUCGGGCGUCACUACUUGGCCGACCCGGAUUCAUCCACCCAGCUGAAGCAGAGCCCGGUGUCCCGGCGGACAUUGGAGAGGAACCGGCAGCCUCGGCUGAGCCUGCGUCCGCUGGCCAGCUACAGGACGUUACUGCUGCUGCUGCUCUUCUACGUGUUCGGAGCUCUGCUGUCGUUCGGACCCGCGUCCAGCACUCUGCUCCUCCUCGCGGGAGGAUUCCUGUACGGACUGUUCAUGGCGCUGUUCGGAGACAAACUGAAGACGCACUAGCUGCCAAUGUUUGACACAACUAAUAUUAAAUGUUUGAUGAACAGUAUUGUAUGUUCUUCAUUUAGAGUAUUUUCUAUUAACCUGACAGCUUUUUUCAUCGUUAGGACGAGAAAACAUUUUAAAAACACCAAAUUCUGAAGUAAGAAGCUUCGACUGAUCAUCAAACAGCUGCCAGAAAAGUUUGUUUUUCUGAUCAAUGCCCCCGAUCGAUCUCGAUCCCUGUGGUUCUCCUGAGGUUUGUAUCUGAACAUUGAGUAAACUCUUCCAGGACUUUAAGGGUCAGUGUUCGUAGGAACUCCGUCGGCUGUAGACCGGCAGCUCUUUCGUUGCUUUUGAUACGACUGCUUUUAAACGUGCUUCUUAUGAUCUUGUAAAUAAACGUCUGGAAACAGAUGCAGGCCAAAACUUUCAAAUUGUGCUGAUGGAAUAAAAUAUUUUUUCUUCUCAGUGAAAGCUGAACGACUCUUUGUCCAAAAGAAUCGAUGAACAAUUUGCACUCGUUUGUUUUCUGCAUCAUUCAUUCACACAACCUGUGAAAAGGUAAAUAAUGAGUAACAGUAGAAUUAUGGUGACUAACAAAUGUGUUUGAUUUAUUCACUGCGUGUCGUCCAAUCAGGCUCCAGACUUCACUGAUGUAAUUUUUAAACAAUAUUUCGGUUUCGGUAACCUCGCUGUUUUUCCAGGGCCGUUUGAACGGAUCUCAAACUGCUGAUGACGAAGUGAGAAGUGUUUAAAGUGGCAGGAAGUGGACUGCAGUGUGAAAAUGUAUUUAUUCUACCAGAUGUGUGAAAAAGUUUGAAAUAAAAAAAAUAGACAAUAACUUUCGCAUAACAUAUAAAACUGACUUGUGCAAAUCUUGCAGGGAACUCAAUUUGACUUUUUAUAAAAAAGUUAAACCAUCAAA